AUGGAUGUAGCUCAGUCGAUUUUUGUUCUUGCUUCAAUCUCGAAAACAUUCAUUGCUGUAUCAGUCAUGCAACUUGUCGAGUCAAAUCGGCUUGAUCUUGAUACAGAUAUCAAUCAAUACUUAUCAUCACCAAAUCAGCGCAUCUCUCAUCCACAAUAUCCUUGUCAUCCUAUCACACUUCGGCAGCUCCUCUCCCAUUCAGCAUCGAUUGGUUCCAAUCUCGAAAUGGAGAUGGCUUUUGGUGGAUUUGGCGAUGAUGGGUUCUCAAAAAUGUCAUUGGCCGAUGCUUGUUUUACAUAUCUGAAUCAUAAUGCAUCAAACUGGUUACCCAGACAACCAGGCACUGUCAGACUUUAUUCGAAUGUAGGCACGUCUUUGGCUGCAUUGGUUGUCGAGCGAGUGACACAGAUGCCAUAUGAACAUUAUGUCAGAGAGAAAAUACUGAAACUGUUAGGUAUCGAUGUGAAGAAAGCAGGCUUUCGUCUGUCUGAUCUAGAUAAUCGACAGCAGUUGGCGAAGCAUUAUGUAUUUAAUGCUUCAUAUCUUGAUCAAUGGACUCUGCUAGCGGCAAUAUUAAAUGUGACGAAGGAUGAUGUUCCAAUUUGGCUGGAGGUUCCAUUCAAUAGUAUUAGCAUAUAUCCUUCUAGUAUGAUGCGAAUGUCAGCUCGAUCACUCUCCAUAUUUCUUCGAAUGUUCAUGAGCAAUGGAUCUCCUCUAUUGCAUCCUCGCUUCAUUAUUGAAAUGCGAACAAUAGUGGUCGGUGUCGAUCCAUACGAAAAUGAAAACUCAUCUGGCAAUGACUCAUCAGUACCAACUUUAGAGUUCGGUCUUAUUUGGAAUUGGCAAACGAUAAAAGAUGGCCGCCGAUUCAUCGGUCAUACAGGUGUAAGUCUAGGUGCCACGAAUUCCAUGCUUGUGAACGAACAAGGAAAUGUGGGUGUCAUCGUUCUAACAAAUGGAAAUAAGUCUUUAGAUAAUAAUCGAUCAAACAAAGUUGAAGAGACUAUACAACAAAUUCAGUUGAUGCUCUUCGAUUGUUUUACAAGUUGA